AUGCGCUUUGCCAAGAGCCACAACAAGAAAGGCCUGAAGAAGAUGCAGGCCAACAAUGCAAAGGCAGCGAGUGCACGCGCGGAGGCCAUCAAGGCCCUUGUGAAGUCUCAGGUCAUCAAGCCCAAGUUGCCAAAGGGCCCCAGCCACAAACUCAGCCGGCUGGCUUUCACCAAUCACCCCAAGCUUGGGAAGCAGAUUCGAAGCUACAUGGCCGAGGGUCAGAGGCUCUGCCAACCGAAGCCUAAGGUUCAAACCAAGGCAGAGGCCGAAGCUCCAGCUAAGGCCCAGGCUUCAGCUCCAGCCCAGGCCCCUGUGAAGGAUCCUGCCAACGUGAAGACAGACCGACUGCUGUGA